AUUGACAAAAUGUCUGCGGGAUGUUAAGCUGCGUACUAGAUCUAGAAAUCGCUGUUGAAUUCAACAAGCAGAAUAGUUCUGCAUUGUCAUGAUAUAUUAACAGUACUGUUGCACCGCAGUCAAAAUGCCGUUAUUCGUUAAAGCAGCAGCUGGAGCACAUAUUCCCUUCUUUAAGGGAUUUGGUUCAGCUCUGAAAAAUUAUGUCAAAGAUGUUUUGCAGACAGCAGUUUUGCGUAAAAAGCCCAAUGUUCAGAGGUUCGAUGUCUCCCGAAUUGAGGCCACAAAAACACGAUUUCUGCAUACUCAUACCAUCAAAAGCAAUUUCACUCCUCGCACUCGCCUUUUUCAUUCUCUAUUUUCGAGAACAACAGCAAACAACACUUACACUAGUGAGCUUCGUAGAAAAUCCGCUUUGAGGCUAUUCACUCAGAAUGGUCGCAAUUUCCGCAAUGUUCCCAUCAUGUCUCUUAUUGGAGUUACACUGGGACUUGAUGUUUCAGGAGUAAUGGAUAAAGUUGCUGAGAAAAUGAUGGCUAACAUGCGGGAUAUGUUUAGAAGCUACUCAUGGCAGACUGAACCUUUGGAGAAAGUACCUAAUUGUUUAGCUGAUCUUGAUAUCAACUUGGAAUCUAUUGCUAAUGGUUGUGAAGGAGCAGUUUACAAAGCAAAAGUCAAAGAUAGUGCAGAUUCUGAGAUAGUAAAAGAAACAUCUGAUGCAGACUUUGAUCUGGCUGUGAAAGCUGUCUUCAACUAUGGAGCUGAGUCUAACUCUCAGAGUAUCCUCAGAGAACUGGAGCGGGAGAUUGUACCCCUACGCUCGUCCACGGCUCACUUUGACAAUGAAGUGUGCCAAAGGGUUAACCGCCUACCCCCUCACCCUAACAUAGUAGACAUGCCAGGUAUUUUCGUGGAUGACAUGUUGGUGACAGAAGAGGGCCUGCAGAAAUUUCCUGCCGCCAUGCCUCAAAAGCUUGACCCUGGCAGGUUUUUUGGAAGGAGCAAAACACUUUAUUUGGUCAUGAGAAGACGCAACACACAUUUGCGAGAUUAUCUGGCCAACAAUGAAGUGGACAUGAGGACGAGGUGCCUGAUGCUAGCCCAGCUGCUUGAAGGAGUAUCCCACUUAAGGAAACAUGGGAUAGCUCACAGAGAUUUGAAGAGUGACAACAUUCUUGUUGAUGUCCCUUCUGAUGGAGGUACACCACGCCUUGAGAUCUGUGACUUUGGUUGUUGUCUAGCUGAAGAAAAUAAAAGUAUGCGGAUACCUUUUCAUACAAGAGAUCUCUACAUGGGGGGUAACUCUUGGCUGAUGGCACCAGAGCUGGUCACAGAAACCCCAGGACCUGGCAAGUUUCUUGACUUUUGUAAAUCAGAUCUCUGGGCAGUUGGUGCCAUUGCAUAUGAAAUUUUUGGAGCUGAGAAUCCAUUUUAUCCCAGUAAAUUAAAUUCCUCUCGGCGUUUAAAAAAUGUUGACUACAAAGAGGAAGAACUACCCCCUUUGCCAGAGGACGUCCCAUUGCCAAUUAAGAAACUAGUGAGAGCAUUGCUGAUAAGGAAUCCUAAGAAGCGUCCAAGUGCAAGUGUGGCAGCAGCCGUAGUUCACAUGGCUAUGAUUGAAUCAACAGACACAACUUGUGGUAGCCAGGUCAGAAAUCUCUGCCAGCCAAUGGUGGCAGAUAAAAUAUUUGGCAAGAGCCGCCCGCCCAGCAAGCUGCAGGUCAAGCUAAACCAGGUUUUGUUUGAGUCUCUCACUCUCUUGUGUCAGCUAACCUUCUCUAAAGAUUCUGAGACCUGGGACAUUGUUUCUGUCAUGAACUUCCUCUUUCUCUCUCAGCUGACUUACGCUGAUUUCAAGGAGGCUCUCAAAUUUUUUUAAACUGUUGAGAUUAAUACAAAUAAUUUGAUCUGAUGAAGAACAAUCAGUUUGACGUAUCUAAUUUAGUUUUAUUUCUUUAGAGGAAUUGUACCAUAAUUAUUUUGAUAGUUAUUAAGUUAUCUGAUUAUCAGUUAAUCUGUAAGCCAUCUUAAUUAAAUUACAUUUUUGAAUAGCAUUAAACAUCUCAUCUAACCCUGGUGUAUCAAUCAGCUCUCUUGUUUCUGAAAAUAUCAGAAUUUUAAAAAAUUGUUUUAUUUACUUCUUUUGAAACCACGUUGACCAUUGCAUUUUAUUGUGAGUAAAUCUGAAAAUCAUUAUGUUGUUCCUUUAAAACCUGUUACUAUGGUUGUGUACAUUCUUAAAAUAAUUUAGUUUUUGAAUACUUUUUAAGUCCGGAUUUUAAGUUUUUAAACAAAUAAUUUUUACUUCAAGUUUAUGUUUU